AUGAUGUUGACUUGCAGCAGUAGAAGCCGAAGCUGGUUUCUCUUUGUGGUUGCAGCGUCGUUUCUGGGAACAGGUAUCGUUGUCCUUGGGUACCCAGAAAAAGACGAUCUAGCAGAUGAAACCCGCUCAUCCGAUCAGGUAAUAGACCACGCCGUCAAACUACACGCCCACGACGAUGAGACCACGCCGGCUACGUCUUCCUCCUCCCAUCAACACCGUGCUGAAUUCCGUCGUAGGUUGGCGCAUCGGACAUUGGACCCAAAGUCAAAGGCCAAUAUUUUGGCAGCACAUGAGUUGGCUAUGGCUCAAGCCAAAGCAGAAGGGAAGUUUCUGUAUGAAGAGAGGGAGGAUCCAUUUCAAGUCAUGCGGGAUGAAACAAUGAAGCAGCAAAACCAACGGAAAAAGAGUGGCACUAUUCCUUCUCCCAAAGAUGCCAACAUUGAGAAACUACAGAGUGGAUUCAUGGCGUCAAUGGAUUGCCCGAAGAAUGACACAACGUGCGCUUCAGCAAUACCCACGAGAUUGAAGCAACAAGCACUGGAUCCACUCAUCCAGACAGAGAAGGAUGAUGAGGAUGUAGAGGCACUUGACAAGAAGCUACCAUGGCUGUCCAACAAGGAAUCGGUCCAUUUGGCAGUGGACUACUUGGGUGUCACAGUCGAUGCGGGACGUCAUUAUUUUCCCAUGAGUUGGUUGAAACGAUUGAUUGUGUACCUGCACAAGAUGCACUACAACCUCAUUCAUUUGAGACUGGCUGACGAAGAAAACUUUGCUGUCCGCUUGGAUUCUUAUCCACAAUUAGCAGCAGCAGCCAUAUCCAACAAAACAUAUUCACCAGCGGAACUGAAAGAGCUGGUAGCCUUUGCCAAAGGACAUCAAAUAACCAUCAUCCCAGAGCUGCAAUUACCAAUUCGCACCACCUCCUGGGCCAGAGCAAUUCCAGGACUGCUCAUGCCGUGCGCCAAUUUCAUUUGUGAGACAGCUCAUUAUGUCCCACUCAACCUGGAUCACCUUGAUCUACCAGCCAUUCUGGAAGGUGUGCUGAAAGAAGUUAUUGCCAUUUUUGGGCACCCGCCAAUGCUCCAUUUGGGAGGGGCCUUGUCCAUGGGUGAAGCCAAAGAGUGUCUCCGAGAGGUAGCCAAACAAAUGCAAAAAGACGUACCUGUUGGAGAGGAGCCUGCGACAAUCUAUUGGAUUAAAUGGGAAGGACUUAUUCGGGAGGUGCUGAAAAGGAUAGGGUACCCCGAAAAGAAAGUGAUUCGAACACAGCUUGUUGCUUCUGUUGAUGAUGAGGAGGAAGAAUCUGUCAGCAGCACCACUAAGGCAACAGAAGACACCAGCAAAGCAAAAGAAGAGAGUAAGCCAAUACAACGCGUUGGAGGCAUUGAACACUACUGGAUGACCUUACCCCAGCUCAGCAACAGCAACAAUCUCAACAGCAAGAACUGGGUGCCACUACCAGAAUCCAUUGUAUCAACAGGAUUGGAUUUUGCCUUAGAUGACGAUGACAGUGCAUGGAAGAUCUACAAACACACUCAACAAGUACUGGAGCUAUCUGUCAAACCAAAGGCAAUUCUUGUGGGGACCAUGCACCUGUCAACAAAUUUGCUACCACAACAGAAUCUUUGGCUGCAGCGCAAUGUUUUGGCGAGGCUAGUCGCAGUGUCCAUGGCAGCAACAGCAGCAAGUGACAAAAGAGGCAGAGCCAACAGUGAACUCACAGAGAGUGAUUUUGAGUCCUCGUAUCAAACAGCAUGUCAGUCCUUGCUGCCAGAUUGCUUGUGUGAGUUUCAGGGACACACUCUGGUAUCCACCCGUUCCUUCUUGGAUCUACUUAGCAAGAGGAGCCAGGAUUGGAGGCAUGCAGUAUGUAACAGGCUGACCAGGGAGUUCAGUGAAACUAUUUUUCAGCCUGCUGUUCAUGCCAGGGCUUCUGCCAUUUCUGGUGGGAAUGCUAUAUUUGGGGAGUUCUUUCAUCGGCUGCCAAAAGUCUAUGAGCCAUACAACAAGAGAGGAUCUAAGCAAUUUUUUGUUGAUCCUGUGAAGGAACUCAAACACAGAGUUGAGAAGACGGGUUUGAUUGUGGAUAUGGCGAAUUCCCUGGUUGACAUUAGACUCAUCAAGGCUUUCUUUGUGGAUUUCAUAGCCCCCCUCGGAGUGGAUUGGCUACAGCUCCGUCUGUCUGAUGAUUUUGCUUUUGUGCCUCAACUGGAAUACAAUUCACUACUAGCUCAAUCCAUGUGGACUAAUGAGCUUCCACUGGGCGUGCCAAAACUCACCAACUUCAGGCUCCUGGUCAAUGCUGCCAAUGAAUGGGGAGUGGAUAUCAUUCCUGAAAUUAGCAUCAGUACCAAUGCGGGUGGCUGGAUCAAUGGAGGGUUCCUCGUACAGUGCCCCAAACUGUUUUGCAAGGAUGGCACUGGUAUUCCCAAUGAUAUUCAGGAUCCAAUGUUUCUACCCCUUGUAUAUGAUGUAAUACGAGAGCUACGAGCGACCUUUGGUGGUUCUUACUUUCAUUUGGGUGCUGACGAACGUGUCAACAAUCUCAAAUGCUUUGAAGAGAAUGGUCUGAAAGCUGACGAAGAUCCACCCUUCGGAGAGUUCGAACGCAAGUUGCAGAAGGUCCUUGCCCUGUUGGGUAUUGAGUCAGAGUCUGUCAUUAGGUACGACAAUGAUGAACAAUUGACUUACAAAGACAGAGUUGGCAAGAUCACCCACUAUCGUGCCGUGCCCGGAGGAGACCUGCCAGAUAUCCGGGAGGAAGAACCCUUCUUGGUAACUGUUGACCUGCUUGAGGGUAACAUUUACAGUGUAUACCAACGCACACGAAAGUUAGUGGAUCUAAAACCAAUGGGAAUCAUGGGUGAGAUUCGGGCAUGGGAUCUAGCAGUGUGGAAUGAACACUACAUGAGACUACGCCUGAUUGCCUUCAAGUUGGGCUUUUCCGAGUGGGAAGGUGAACAGAGCGGUGAUGAGGAGUUGGACCACAAAGAAUUCAUACAAGAAGUGCUUCGAAUCUGCACCGCUCUGAAGUACUCCGAGUGUCACAAGGACCAGAAGAAGGCUGCGGACGUUCUGAACAGUGAGGAAAUAAAGAAGGGAGACGAUGAUGAUGCUCUGGAUUCAGCGCCAGAGAUCUACCCAGUGGCGACUGCAAAAUUCCGCAGUGCCAUGUGUAACAAGUACACUCGAGCACGCAGGUCUAAAAGGAUGAGAGAGGAAUUCCUACUUCCGGCAGUCGAAGGAGUAACUACAAGCUAG